CCGACGUUUCGGUCAACGGACACUUUCUGAAAGACUACAACUGUUACUUGGCCGAGCUUACCAGACACAUAACGAGCGACAAGGUGUGUUUGCUCACGCCCAAAGCCGGCGUUAUCCCGCCGAUGAUGACCGUAUUGAUGAGUUUCCAGAGAGAAGUUUGGACGAUGACGGCAAUCACGUGCGUACUUGUUACUGUCAUAUAUUUCGCGGCUGCGGCGUUGGACACGCACAGGCCAGGACCCACGGGAUGCGAUUUAGGACUGGAAAUCUACAGAAUUUUCAUCGGUGCGCCGACCAAUCUAAUUUUCGCUUACUCUUGUCGCAGGAUAUUGACUUCGUUUUGUCUGUUUUUUACACUAGUCAUUUUGAACGCAUUCCAGGGAUCACUAGUGACGUUCUUGAGCACACCGAUGCACUAUCCGGAUGUCAAUACAUUUACCGAUCUGAAACAGUCGAAUUUGCCGAUUCGAACAUCCAGCAUCAGUUUCAAGGAAAUAUUGACCGGAGACCCUAACUUGAAAUCUCUAGCCUACCGAGUCGAGAAGUGGGAAAAAGAAGAAGACAUUCAUAAUUCCGACGGCAAGUUCGCUGGAUUUGAGCGCGUUAAUGUUUUCAAUUUGGAGCAUUUCAAAGACGUAUUAUUCAUCGCCAAUAGGAACAACACUCGCGUACUACACACGAUGAACGAGUGUCUGAUAUCGUACUUUAUAUCAUACGUAGUUCAUAGGUUAUGA